GGACUGAAUUUCCUCAUCCCAGUCCUAGACCGUAUACGCUAUGUACAAAGCCUGAAGGAAAUUGUCAUCAACGUGCCGGAGCAGUCGGCUGUUACUCAUGAUAACGUGACCCUCCAGAUCGAUGGGGUUCUCUACUUGCGCAUCAUGGAUGCUUACAAGGCCAGCUACGGGGUGGAGGAUCCCGAGUAUGCUGUCACCCAGCUUGCCCAGACCACCAUGCGAUCCGAGCUUGGCAAGCUCUCCCUGGAUAAGGUCUUCCGGGAGCGUGAAUCCCUCAACGCCAGCAUAGUGGAUGCCAUCAACCAGGCCUCGGAUUACUGGGGCAUCCGGUGCCUGCGCUACGAGAUCAAGGACAUCCACGUGCCACCCCGAGUGAAAGAGUCCAUGCAGAUGCAGGUGGAGGCUGAGAGACGCAAAAGGGCCACUGUCUUGGAGUCUGAAGGGACCCGAGAAUCGGCCAUCAACGUGGCUGAGGGGAAGAAGCAGGCCCAGAUUCUGGCUUCAGAGGCUGAGAAAGCAGAGCGCAUCAACCAAGCUUCUGGGGAGGCCAGUGCCAUCCUGGUGAAGGCCCAAGCCAAAGCAGAGGCCAUCCGACUUCUGGGCACCGCUCUGGCCCACCAGAAUGGCAACAUGGCGGCUUCUCUGUCGGUGGCUGAGCAGUACGUGCAGGCCUUCUCCCAGCUGGCAAAGGAGUCCAACACCGUCCUCCUGCCCACCAACACCGGAGACGUGACCAGCAUGGUUGCCCAGGUCAGUCUGGAGCACAAGAGGCAAGCCUCUGGCACGAGGCCUGCGGGAAGGUGGAGAGUGCCCAGGGAGGAAGCCCAGCCGAGUCUUGUCUGCAGAAGGACAGAGACUGCUGCAGAGAGGCGUGAGAGUGGGGGAGAUGGCCCUCUGGCCCCGCAAGGGCAGGGGACUCCCCGUUGCCGCCUGUGCCUUGGGAGGGACUACCCGAAAUCCAGGCAGCCGCUAGAAGGCAGGGAGGUGCUUGAGUUUUUAGGAAAGGAAAAGCUGCUGCUGCCCACCCCCAGCCAGUUGCCCUGGCCCCUGGAGAUGAGGAUGGUGGCUGCAGCCUUGCUCCUCCUGGCUAGUGAAGGGGGUUGGGGGGACCAUGCCUGGGUGCAGGGGUCUGGACGACCACUAGACCGCAGCUGCAAGACCCAUUAA